AUGCAUUUCAUCCGAUGCCAAUGUCUUGUAUUUUUCUUUUCCUCCUCAGUACUAACGAUCUUCGCAAAAGCAACAGAACAAUCUGUUCAAAGCUUAAUCAAUCUCUUGGAACGAAGACUACCUGCUCAUGUUAAUGACUUUGAGUUUCGAAUAAAAGGUAAUCAUACGUUCGGAGAAACGAAUGAUGAAUAUGUCGUAUCUCAAACUGUUGCAGGAAAGAUCUUGAUUGAAGGUAAUUCACUGAGUGGUAUUGCUGCUGGUUUACAUAAAUGCUUUACAGAAAUUUUGCAUGUAGAUAUCUGGUGGUAUAUUGGUUCUCAACUUCAUCUUGCUCCUGAAAGUUUACCAAGUCUGAAUUCGACGUUGAAAGGAUCAAGUAUUGUACCAUGGCGUUAUCAUUUCAAUACCGUCACUUUCUCAUAUCAAGCCGCUUUUUGGACCUGGGAAGAUUGGAAACUUCAAUUAUAUUGGAUGUCUCUUCAUGGUAUCAAUCUCUCUCUCGCCUGGGUCGGUUAUGAGAAGACAUUACUUACCACACUCCUCACAAUUGACCUCACUACUGAUGAGAUACUUUCAUUUUUCUCCGGUCCUGCCUUCCAAGCUUGGAAUCGAUUUGGUAAUAUACAAAGAUUUUGGGGUGGUGCCAUUCCACUUGCUUGGAUUGAAGAUCAACAUCUCCUUCAAAAGAAAAUUGUACGAAGAAUGGUAGAAUUAGGUAUUACGCCUGCAUUACCUGCUUUCACUGGUUUCGUACCAAGAGAAUUGAGAAGGGUAGCUCCUAAUGCAAACAUCAUCAAUGGAAGUGAUUGGGGAAAUCUUUUCCCAGUCGAAUAUUCAAAUGAUACUUUUCUUUACCCAACCGACCCUCUCUUCAAGACUUUACAGCAUACAUUUCUCAAUGUUCAAUCCGAAUAUUAUGGAAAUGUUUCUCAUAUCUACACACUCGACCAAUUUAACGAAAAUAUUCCCGCAUCUGGAGAUCUCUCAUAUCUAAGCAACAUAUCACGUGGAACUUACGAAUCUCUUCAAUCCUUCGAUCCAAAUGCUAUUUGGAUGCUACAAGGGUGGCUUUUCUACGCCGCUUCAUCAUUCUGGACACAAGACAGAGUCGAAGCUUAUCUUUGCGGUGUUCUAAAGAGUGAGAGCAUGUUAAUAAUUGAUCUCUUUUCUGAAUCAUUCCCGGAAUGGGAAAAUACUAAUCAAUAUUAUGGAAAACCAUGGAUUUGGUGUCAAGUACAUGGUUAUGGUGGUACUACUGGUAUAUAUGGUCAGAUAUAUAAUGUUACAAAGUCUUUGAUUGAAGCAUUCCGAAAAUCGAAUAAGAUGAUUGGAAUGGGAAAUACGAUGGAAGGACAAGAUGGUAAUGGAUUGAUGUAUGAAUUACUUUUGUAUCAAGCUUGGCAUUCUAACCCUAUUGAUACCAAGGAUUACUUCGAAGCUUGGGUAGCAAAACGAUAUCAUAUUCCUGGAUUUAAGGAAUUACCAUCAGAAAUACACUCAGCAUGGGAGAUUCUCCGCACAACAGCUUACAACAACACAAAUCUAACUCUUGCAGAUAGUCUCCCAAAAUCCCUAUUCGACAUGCGACCCAAUAUUACCGAAAACCAUGGAAGAUUAGGCCAAUCCUUGACAAUCGAUUUGUAUGAUCCUGCUGAUUUGUUUCGAGCAUGGAGCUUAUUGUUUAAUGCAUCGGUGUUGGUUCCAGAACUUUGGGAUGAUGAUGGAUGGAAUUAUGAUAUUGUGGAUAUUACAAGACAAGUACUUGCGGAGACCUUUAAAUUAAAAUACGUGGACCUGAUCGAGAGAUAUACAGCGGGGAUUGAUUUUGAAGAGACGAGUAAGACUCUGAUUGGGAAAAGGUAA